AUGGGGACUCCAAAUGAUCAGGCAGUGUUGCAGGCCAUCUUCAACCCCGACGCUCCGUUUGGAGACAUUGUUGGGUUGGACCUGGGAGAGGAAGCAGAGAAGGAAGAAGGAGAUGAAGAUGGAGUUUUCCCUCGAGCACAGCUGGAGCAGUCCAAGGCCCUGGAGCUGCAAGGGGUGAUGGCAGCAGAGGCUGGCGACCUCAGCACAGCCCUGGAGAAGUUUGGCCAAGCCAUCAACCUGCUGCCUGAGAGGGCCUCGGCUUACAACAACCGAGCCCAGGCCCGGCGACUCCGGGGAGACGUGGCAGGCGCCCUGGAGGACCUGGAGCGCGCGCUGGCGCUGAGCGGCGGUCGGGGUCGCGCCGCCCGCCAGGGCUUCGUGCAACGCGGGCUCGUGGCGCGACUGCAGGGCCGGGACGACGACGCCCGCAGGGACUUCGAGCGGGCAGCGCGGCUGGGCAGCGCGUUCGCUCGGCGCCAGCUGGUGCUGCUCAACCCGUAUGCGGCGCUGUGCAACCGCAUGCUGGCCGACGUGAUGGGGCAGCUGCGCGGGCCCCGCGACCGGCGCUGA